AUGGAAGAGGACCAGGCCAACUGGCCGAGGGCGCAGCUGGCCCGUGGGCUGGCAUCGGAGGAUGGUACAGAGGGAGGGGAGGCGGCGUCCAGGGAGAACCAGGAGCCCGGGACGAGGGCCAACCCGGUGGGAUGGGACCAGCCAGGCCUGUUGAGAAGGGAGCUGCCGGGCCAGGAGGGCCGGGAGGCAGCGGGCCCUGUGGGGGGACCGGAGGCGGCGGAGCCGGGGCCGAGCGAGUCAGAGGGCGGGAGCGAAGAGGAGCAGGGUGACCUGGAGCCCGGCGGGCCGGGGGGCGGGGAAACAGCGGCCUUCGAGGAGGACCUGGGGGGGAGGAGAGAGAGGCGGGGAGACAGCUACGAGACGGACGCGAGAGAGGAGCUGCCUGAGAGCCUGAGCGGACAGGGCUCCUGGAAGCCGGGAGAGCAGCCGGCCGACGCGUUCGGGGAGGCGUCCUCGGAGAGGUCCCAGGAGCGCCGCCGCCAGAGAGCUGGGAAGCCGAGGGCCAAGAGCGAGGUCGAGUGGAAGUACCGGCUGGAGAGGAAGCCCAGCUGGCUGAACUCGCCGCCGUUUGUGGAACCCGAGGAGCAUGAGGUUUAUAAAGACAAGCUCUUGAUCCCCGCGCAAGUGCGGCGGCCCACGAUCAGGUUCAAGCUCCAGCCCAAACCUCUCGUCCAGACGCAGCGGCCGGCCGUCUGCUGCCCCUCGGGCAGUGUCAUCAACGAGCUGGCGAAGAUGGGCGACCCGGAUGUCCUGGAGAUGGUGCAGGAGGAAGAGAGAAAAGCCAGCAGAGAAGAACAUUUUUCUGAAGUAAAUGAGCAGGACCUGAGCAGCAGAGAGUCCUCGUUUCUCAUCAGUGAAGGACCAAGGUCUGCGAAGCGAUUCAAUUUGUUCCUGAGGCGACGUCUUAUGUUUAAAAAAGAUGAACAAAGCAAAGAUUCUAUCUUCUUCCGAGAUGGGAUUAGGCAGAUUGAUUUUGUGCUGUCCUAUGUUGAGGACAUAAAGAAAGAAGCCGACCUGAAGGCGGAAAGAAGAAAAGAGUUUGAACAAAAUCUCAGGAAAACAGGUCUUGAGUUGGAAAUUGAAGAUAAAAUGAACUCCGAAGAUGGGAGAACUUACUUUGUCAAGAUCCAUGCCCCUUGGGAGGUGUUAGUUACUUACGCUGAAGUGUUGGGAAUCAAAAUGCCAAUUAAGGAGAGUGAUAUUCCCCGACCUGACAAAAUCCCUUUUAGCUAUAUGCUUGGGCCUCUGAAGCUCCCAAGGAACGUGAAGCAUCCUCAUCCUGAAUAUUUCACUGCCCAAUUCACCAGACAUCGGAAGGAGCUCUUCCUCAUUGAAGAUGAAUCAAGCUUCUUUCCAUCCUCCUCAAGAAACAGAAUUGUUUAUUAUAUUCUCUCACGGUGUCCUUUUGGUGUAGAGGAAGGGAAGAAAAGGUUUGGGAUUGAAAGACUGCUAAAUUCUCACACUUAUUCAUCUGCCUUUCCACUCCAUGAUGGUCAGUACUGGAAGCCAUCAGAACCUCCUAAUCCUGUCAAUGAAAGGUACACACUUUGCCAGAACUGGGCUCGGUUUUCCUAUUUUUACAAGGAGCAGCCUUUUAAUUUGAUUAGGGAUUAUUAUGGAGAAAAAAUUGGCAUCUAUUUUGUCUUUCUUGGAUUUUAUACAGAAAUGCUGUUUUUUGCAGCUAUAAUUGGCUUAGCUUGUUUUAUUUACGGCUUAUUAUCAAUGCAUGAUAACUCAAGCAGCACUGAAAUCUGUGACCCUGAGAUUGGGGGUCAGAUUAUCAUGUGCCCACUCUGUGAUGUACUAUGUGACUAUUGGAGACUAAAUUCUACCUGUUUGGCUUCAAAGUUCUCCCAUUUAUUUGACAAUGAGUCAACAGUGUUCUUUGCAAUAUUCAUGGGAGUUUGGGUCACAUUGUUUUUGGAGUUUUGGAAACAGAGACAAGCCAGACUGGAAUAUGAGUGGGACCUGGUGGACUUUGAGGAGGAGCAGCAGCAGCUCCAGCUGAGACCUGAAUUUGAAGCUAUGUGUACACACAGGAAAAUGAAUGCAGUGACUAAGGAGAUGGAACCUCACUUGCCUCUAUGUAGUCGUAUUCCAUGGUACUUUCUGUCAGGAGCCACAGUGACAUUAUGGAUGUCUUUGGUCAUCGCGUGUAUGGUAGCUGUGAUUGUAUACCGCCUGUCAGUCUUUGCUACAUUUGCUAGCUUCAUGGAAAGUGAAGCAUCCUUAAAGCAAGUCAAAAGCUUCCUCACUCCCCAGAUAGCCACAUCUCUCACUGGAUCGUGCUUGAACUUUAUUGUCAUCUUGAUCUUGAAUUUCUUUUAUGAAAGGAUAUCUGCCUGGAUUACGAAAAUGGAAAUUCCUCGGACUCACCAGGAGUAUGAGAGCAGUCUUACCUUGAAAAUGUUCCUGUUUCAGUUUGUAAAUUUUUAUUCAUCCUGCUUCUAUGUAGCCUUCUUUAAAGGGAAGUUUGUGGGCUAUCCUGGAAAAUACACAUAUUUGUUUAAUGUGUGGAGAAGUGAAGAGUGCGAUCCUGGAGGCUGUCUAGUAGAAUUGACAACCCAGUUGACCAUCAUAAUGACUGGGAAACAGAUCUUUGGAAACGUUAAAGAAGCCAUUUAUCCCUUGGUUCUGAAUUGGUGGAGACGCCGCAAAGCUCGAACCAACUCUGAAAAGCUAUACAGUCGAUGGGAGCAGGACAAUGACCUUGAAACUUUUGGUUCUCUUGGACUAUUCUAUGAGUACUUGGAAACAGUUAUCCAGUUUGGAUUUGUUACAUUAUUUGUGGCAUCUUUUCCUUUGGCUCCUCUUCUUGCUCUCUUGAAUAAUAUAAUAGAGAUUCGAGUGGAUGCCUGGAAGCUGACUACUCAGUACAGGAGACCUGUAGCUGCUAAAGCUCAUAGCAUAGGUGUUUGGCAAGACAUUCUUUAUGGAAUGGCUGUCCUUUCUGUUGCAACUAAUGCUUUUAUUGUUGCAUUUACAUCGGACAUGAUUCCUCGUUUAGUUUACUACUAUGCCUACUCAAAAAAUGCCAUUCAGCCUAUGAAAGGAUAUGUCAACAACAGCCUGUCAAUAUUCCUGAUAGCCGAUUUUCCAAACCGCACUGCACCUCCGGAAAAAAGAGACUUCACCACUUGCAGGUACAGAGAUUACAGAAAUCCACCUGAUCACGAGGAGAAAUAUUUUCAUAGUAUGCAGUACUGGCAUGUCCUUGCUGCCAAGAUGACCUUCAUCAUAAUUAUGGAGCAUGUUGUGUUUUUAAUUAAAUUUUUGUUGGCGUGGAUGAUCCCUGAUGUUCCAAAAGAUGUCGCCGAAAGAAUCAAGCGAGAAAAGUUAAUGACUGUCAAGAUUCUCCAUGACUUUGAGCUUAACAAACUAAAAGAGAACUUGAGAAUGAAUUCUGAUGAUUUCGCCAAGCAUGUCAUUAUUCAGGAAAACAAAAUACACCUGGCUAAAUCAGCAACCUAUUCAACAUAACGAGCAAGCGGUGGGUUGCCCGUCUGGCUUCACAAUUUUCCCUGGGUUUGGGGCCAGAAGACAGAAGCCGUGUGUCAAUGUUACCCUUUCUUCUUCUUUCUUUUUUUUUUUUUAAACUCAAAGUUUUUGUACACUCUUAUUGGAGGCAACUUAGUGGAGGUUGGAAGAAUACCACUUGUCUGCGUCAUUGGCUGGGCCCUCCCCAGAUAUUGUUUUCUGGGUUCUGUAAAUGAUUGCUAAAUGUAUGUGUGAAAUCAGAAUAUUGGAAAAUCAUGGGAUGUUGCAGUUUACAAUUAAACACUGGACGUGGGCUGUCCCAUCGCCUUCCAGUGCAGCUGCACAUUUUCAUGGUCUUCUUUCUGUUGGGUUGUGUUAUAUUUCUGUGCCAUCAAGAAAAGAGUGGGACAAAAAGAAAGGAAGUGAACAGGUCUACUGAGGUCUACUAUAUAUAUAUAUAUCCUGCCAUGCAGACAAAAAAACCACAAUCAGAUAAGAAAACCUACAUAUUAAAAAUAUUGGGUAAAUAUCAUGGCAGGGGUUUGUUCCCAAAAUCAUCCUGAAUAAGGUAAACUUCCAUCAGAAUUCCAGAUGGUUCUUCUAGGUAAAUACAAAAUUGAUUUUUCAAGAGACUGAACGUUUGGUUUCAGCAAAAGACUAACAACUCAGUUCUUUAAAUAUGACAUUUCGAUAACAGUAGUUUUAAGACUGGAUUGUCUUAUCUGGGAAAUAGCAUUAAGAAGGUAUUAGACUGUUUCAGGUCUUUAAGUAAAUGAAAGAUGUAGAGAAGUGAGUGUGUCUUCUUAGUAGUUAAUGAGUGCAAGACAAUGUAUAUUAUUUAAUUUAUUGACUUCAAUCUAAAAAAUCGUUGAAUUAUUUUUAAAAACCAUUUUUCUUCCACAAUGUCUGUUUUGCAUCAUGAAGCCUGUUUGAGCAUUAACAGUUUGUAUAAGUUAGCUACAAGUUGUUUAUGAAAUGUUAUCUCGUUGUUUAAAGCAGUCUCAAAUUUUCUGAGUUUACAGUUUUUUCUAUUGAUGCACUGCUGUACAAUACUCAGUGCCUUGUUCCCAUGCCUUUGACCCACAGGAGGUGGUUGUGCUGUUGAUUUGAUGUGAUAUAACAUCUCAGAUGUGAGCUUCUUG